AUGAACAACUGGUUAGGGUUCUCGCUCUCCCCACAACAACUCCCAUCACAGCCUGAUCAUCCUCACUCCCAAAAAGCCGUUCUGCCUCGCCUUUGCUUCAACUCCGAUGGAAUCUCCGGCGACUGCUUUGAUCUCAUGACCUCUCCCCAUGAUUCAACUCCCCCAGCUUUCUCCAUCCUUGAAGCCCUCAACACAAACCAUUCAUCCCAAGAUUGGAAUAUGAAGGGUUUAGGCAUGAACCCACAUAGUAGUUACAAGCCAUCUUCAGACCUGUCUAUGCUAAUGGGUAGUUCAUGCAAUACCCAAGGCCUAGUCCGAAGUGAAGAAGAGCCAAAGCUUGAAAACUUCCUCGGCCAAGGCCACUCUUCCUCCGUUCAAGACCAGGCUAGACUUGAUCAUGUUUACAGCAUUAAUAUUAAUGGAGAAGAAGAUCAUAGCAGUUGCAGUAGUAGCAUCAACAACACCAUCGGGUUAUCCAUGAUCAAAACUUGGCUAAGAAACCAGCCGCCACCGACUCAGUCGCCUGAGUCGGUGCCGAAGCACAACAAUGGCGGCGGUCCACAGACUUUGUCUCUCUCGAUGAGCACCGGUUCACAGGGUUGCUCGCCACCGCGGUUGACUCACUCGAAUGGAGAGACUUGUGAUGAUAUAAAUAAGGUGCAGGAGAAGACGGCAACUGGUUCGAUUGAGGAGGCGCCAAGGAAAUCUAUUGAUACUUUUGGACAAAGAACUUCCAUAUACCGCGGUGUAACCAGGCAUAGAUGGACAGGGAGGUAUGAAGCUCAUCUAUGGGAUAAUAGUUGCAGAAGAGAAGGCCAAACUCGAAAAGGAAGACAAGGGGGUUAUGACAAAGAAGAAAAAGCAGCCAGAGCUUACGAUUUGGCAGCAUUAAAAUACUGGGGAACUACUACCACUACAAAUUUUCCCAUUAGCAACUAUGAAAAGGAGUUGGAAGAAAUGAAGCACAUGACUCGGCAGGAGUAUGUGGCGUCUCUGCGAAGGAAAAGCAGUGGGUUUUCUCGAGGUGCAUCCAUUUAUCGAGGAGUAACAAGACAUCACCAGCAUGGACGAUGGCAGGCUAGGAUCGGACGAGUUGCAGGGAACAAAGAUCUUUACUUGGGAACUUUCAGCACCCAAGAGGAAGCAGCAGACGCUUAUGACAUCGCGGCCAUCAAAUUCCGAGGACUAAACGCCGUGACUAACUUCGACAUGAGCCGUUACGAUGUUAACAGCAUUCUCCAGAGCACAACUUUGCCCAUCGGCAACACGGCAGCUACUUGGCCGUCUACCAUUGCUUUUCAUCAACCUCGGCUGUGGUGCAAGCCAGAGCCAGAUUCUGAUCAUCACAGCUUUUCGGAUCAUCAUCAUCAGCAGCAGCAGCUACUGCAACUGGGAAACACCCACAAUUUCUUUCAACCUAAUUUACUCCACAAUCUCAUCGCCACUAAUUCUGUGGUCUAUCAAGGAGGAUCAGUUGGGUACAGUAACAUUAACGGAGGGUUUAUGGUCGCUGACGAUGGCAGCCAAAGUCAACCAAAUGGGUUUACAGAAGAUCAACAGAGUGAUGGCGUGAAGGUGAUCGGUGGUUAUGAUCAUCAUCUGGUUUCAUCGGAUCCUAAUUACCAUGCAAGAAAUUUAUAUUAUUUUUCGUCAUCAUCACAAUUACAGUCAUCGGCAAGUGCAGUGAAAUGUGUUGAUGGGUAUGAUGAUCAUCAAGAUUCUGCCUGUAACAAUUGGGUGCCAACAGCUGUUCCUACCGUGGCACCAAGGUCUGCAAACAUGGCUGCAGUCUGCCAUGGAGCUCCUGCAACGUUUACUGUCUGGAACGAUACAUAG